CGUAGCGCCCCGAGGGAGCCGCAGGAGCCCGGCCAGAGGCAGCAGGAUUGUGACUUGCCCUUACGCAGUCAGCAACUGGAAAAAUGCCAGAUUCUGAAAGUAAUUUGGAGUCUUCACAUGUGGAUGUUAUAAAUGGUACUUCAGUCUUGAGCAAAACGAAGAUUUCGGAUGAGAAGGGAUCUGUUGGAAAAAGAGCAGUGCCUCAGAUUGGGAAGGAUGGCUAUCCUGACUCCAUCUACAUAAAUGCAGCUAAGAUUUUUCAAGGCCUUCGUACUGAAAAGAGUUCAGGUAAAAUCCUGCUGCGCUAUGGCGAUGCCUCGGGGUCUCCCACGGUGGCUUUUAAAGAUGAGCAGUCCAGGCGUGUGUCCUAUGAACUGGCUUUCAAAACUCUAAAAUAUCAAGAUCUUCUUGAAGAAGUGUUGGUAGAGAGUAAGGUUUACCCAUCCUACUCAAUACCAGAUGAGCUAACCAGCUUGCUUGUUGUGAUGCUUUGUGACCUACAAGACCGAAAAUUUCAAAACCGAAAGAUUUUUGCUGAAGAGGAAAUUGUAGCAGAAGUUCAGGAAAUAGGGAAUUAUUUAUACAGCUAUGAGACCAAGCUGGCAGCUGCACUAGCGCGAUGUCGCAUCAAACAUGAUGCUCUUUCAAUUGAAUACUUUGUACCAGAAACCAUAUCGAAGCAGGAACAAAGGACUUCUGCUUUACCUAUCUGUUUUUGGAUAAACACAUUUAAAAUCAGCCUUGAAGAUGUUAUCAAAGAUUUGGAGAUGAAGGGGUUCACAAAGGUUGAAUCUGUGCCAGACUUUGACCAUUACACAUAUGCUGUGGACCAACAUUGCCGAGAUGUAUUGGUUUUUCCUUCCUCUCUUAAAGAAGAACUGCUUAAUUUAGAUCUUUCUGCAGAUUGCAAACUCUUGCUGCAGGACAAGUCUCGCAGCCUCGCCGUGCACUCCGCACGCGCGCUGUUGACUGAGGGUGCUGACAUUAUAAUGGCUCACUUGGGUUCCCACCUGACCAUUGCCCAUAUGUCAGUGCUGACAAAUGGCAGCAGCUCCAGCAUUUUUGUUUGUGGUGUGAAAUCUUCGGCAAAAGAAGAAGAACUGAUGAACAGUUUCAGUCACAUGGGAUGUACAAAUAUUUGCUUGUUACAUGAAGACUUUACUGAGCUUCGACCAACAGACCCAAGACUUGAAAAGGCAACAGUUAUUUUGCUGAUACCACAAUGCUCUGAACUGGGUGCUGGCAAUCCAAUGGAGCUUAUUUUAAGUGAACAUGGAGAUGCAGAUUUGCUACAGGACCUUUUCCAGGGAUUUGUGUCGGAGGAUAAACUCAGGAUUCUUGCUGAGAGGCAGCUUAAUGAGUUGCUUCAUGCACUGAAAUUUAACAAAGUACAAGCUAUUGUUUACUGCACUUGCUCAGUUUACCCAGAAGAAAAUGAACUUGUAGUGAAAAAAGCACUGGAAUCUGGAGUGGAGAGAGAUAAAGCACGACGCUAUAGGCUUAUUCCUUCUAUUUUUUCUACUUGCUCUGAUUCAGAGUCUUCCACUGAAAUGUUUUUCAAAAUAGAGCCAUCACAAAUUUCCAGUGGUUGUUUCCUAGCUGUUCUAGAGAGAGAGAAAAAGGUGUCUGCUAAAGACAUUUUGGCUUCUGCUGCAGCAAAAGCUCUACUAGAUGGCAUUGUUGAAGAAAAACCAAAAGAAGAGGUGAAAAAGCCGAAAGUAAAACAACGUAGGUGGAAGGCUGCUGCCGGUGACAGUAAGCCAAAAGCUGCAAAGCUCCCUCCCCGCCCAACUGCAGCUAAGGUUAAGGCUCCUAAAGCAGCCCAUAAGAUACAAGAAACACAUGUGUGCCCCAUAUGCCCAAAAAGCCCAGCCAGUAAGGUGCAAAAAAACCAUGCAGACUUCCCAAAAGAAAAGACUGUGCAAGAGAGAAAAGCAGCCAGUGACACAGCUCAGGAGACUGUGCAAGGGAAAAAAGCAACCAGUGACACAGCACAGGAGACUGGGCAAGGGAAAAAAGCAACCAGUGACACAGCACAGAAGACUGGGCAAGGGAAAAAAGCAGCCAGUAACACACAGCAAAAGAAUGUGCCCUGAACAGACAGCUGUGUUGAGCUGAAGAAAUCUGUGAACCCUGACUGAUACACAGCACCAGUGAAAGUGCAGAAGCCAACAUCUCAUCUGUCACCUCUGGGCAAGGUGUAUGAGACAGACACCUGAUCAAAAGGCAUGCACAGAACAGAACAGGGAUGUACUGAAGCCCACAACAAUCACUUUGCCUUCACUGAUAACACCAUAUGAAAGGCUGUAAUGAAACAAACUCAGGGUAUCAACUUAAUGUGGCUUUCAUGGCCAGACUGGAGCACAGGGUCCAAGUGGUUGGAUAUUUCCACCACCCUGGUCAAAAAUGGUCAAGCCAACUUGGCUGUAUGAACCUUCAGACUCUGCCCUCCCUUUGUAAAGAAGGUAAAGGUUACUGUAUCCUAAUCAAUAGUCUUAAAUUACAGUAUAAAUUUAUGCAAGGAUAAUCUGGCCUUAGGAAAGAUGUAUUAUGGGCUAUGUAUAUAGAAAUAUCCAUGUUUAGAUAGCAACUUCUCAUCCAGUAAUCAUACUUUAAGUGAAUGGAGCUCAGCUGCCUAAGGCUGAUAGAUUGUUGGGGGAAGUGAGGUCAAAAACCUAUAGCCUCUUGCUAUAUAGUCUGAAGUGACAAGUUGAAUUGUAUACCCAACCCCUCACUGUAUCUGAACCUGUACAGGUAAUCAGUUUCAAACUGAUGUUUUUAAAGUGAGACUGAAUUUUUUAAAGUGGCUUUUCUUUACAAGUGCUAGAUACUAUUUUUGUGAGUUUCCACUUACUACAGAUGCAUGGAAAAUAAGCCUUGUAUUUUUAAAACUGGAUGUGAACUUUUGUCCAGGAAACUGGCCAAGUACAUUGAAGCCCAUGCAUAGGCUUUCUAGUGUGUGUUCUCUUGGUUUCUUCUUAAGUGUGCACUGAAAUACUAACAGUGAAAAAUAGAUCAAAUAUUCUCAUGCUAAGAACACUGAAUCGUCAUCAUAAUGUCACAUCAGACUAUGUCAUGGUUCAUAACUGCUUUUUAUCAAUUUCUUAACAUAAACAGUUCUUAGUUGAAAAGAGCUGCUACUGUCAAGGUAACAUUUUUAUAAAUGUUACUGCUAGUCAGCUGAAUAGUGACUGGACAAAGACUAGCUGCCUGUCUUUGGAAACAGCUGUGGGCUUCUAAGCUGCUCCCUUUUGCUACCAAAGAAAAAAUAACUGUAAAACAUCUACAACUGUCUUGUAAUCUGAGUAGAGGAUAAAAGGAAGCACAGAGAUACUUUUAACAAUAAACCUGAUUUGUAUCUAGAACUUGUAAAAAUGAAAGAGACAGCACAGCAAUACAGAAAGACAAAGGUACCUGUGGCCCAGAAAUCUUCCUCUAGGCCACCAUUUCAGAUACUUGGGAAGAGUGUUGCCAGGAGCAUCACCACUGUAGUGUGGGACUUAACCAGUUUGACAUACGUGUCUGGAUUUAGACCCAUCCAGAGAAAAUGUUAUAACAUCUCUAUUUUGUCUUCACCCACACCAGUCAGUGUUACUGGAUCAGCAGUACCUUUUUAAGAAAGGAUGUGAAUGAUAUUACCCCAGCAGUGUAGGCAGCUGGCUCUUGUUCAUCUGAUAAAUAUCACUGCUUCACUGAAUCAGUGAAAUUUCUUACAGCAUUUUAAUGUGAGCCAGCUGUCCUAUACAAAGACAUCCCUCACCCUCUGCAUAUCCCUGCAAGCAAUCCAUGCUCCUUGCGUGCUCCAGUAAUACAAUGAACUCUACUCUUAUUUCUGAAUAAACUUGUUAGGAUAGAUUUAGACCAAUACACAUGCCAUGUGUAGAACCAGAAAAAAAAAAUUACUUUAUUUCAAAAACAUCUAGGAGGAGGAGGGAUUCUACAUGUUGGAUGGAAGGAAUGGACACUAUGGAGAUUUUUUUCCCCCAAUAUGGUUGUUAAAUGCUUAAAAUAAACUUAAGAGAUUCUGCAGUUAAAUAAUGAUCUUUUUUAAAAAAAUCAAGAUCUGUAUAAUUCAUUAUGAAAGCUGAAAUUACUUGUAAAACAACAUACGUGUGUCUAAUAACAGAAUUUCUGGGCUACUUACGUAAUAUGUGCCAUGAUGUCCCUCACUUGGCCUCGUCUUGCUUUCAGGAAUUUGCAUUUUUGACACAGUAUGGAGGUUAAACCAGUCAGUGUCUUGAUGGCUUACCAAGAAUAUCAGAGAGUGAAUUUUUCAACUGCAGGUCAGCAGCUUACUUUGUAAGCAUGGAACAUCACAUGGUGGCAACACCUGGGACUGACUUCAGAUGGCUUGUAGGUAGAUGCCUGUAACAGUCUUUUUUCAGUAAAACUGCAUCUUAUGUAACUAUUUUUCUGUAAUCCAGUUGUUUAUUUGUCAUUUUCAACUAGAAACUGUUGAUUCAGCUUUCCAGAUACAAAAGUUCUCAGACUACUGCUACUGCCUCUAAACCACCAGUAUGUUUUUCCCUUCCCUCAACCACCAUUCUGAACAAAAUAAUUUUGCAGUUUCAUGGAGCAGUAACAGGUGAGACAAUCACUUUAUGCAGCUAAAUUUAUUCUCAGAACAGAUUACAUUUAAAUAUGGAGAAGUGGUCAACAGCAGGGAAAAUUGUCCUUUUGUUGUCAGUCAUGUACUUUUAGGUAAGACUGGGCUCUGCUAAUAAACAGUGUUGUGUUUCCUUCUGUCUCACUGUUGUUAAAUCAAACCUGCAUGGGCUGAUGGGACAGCACAUGUGACAAUGUGUUAAUUAAUGUGCCCAAGAAAGGAGUAAUGCAUUUGGGGGUAAUGCUGAAAUGCUGUGCCCAUACUGGC